AUGCCACUCGAGCCUGACGAGUACUCGGAACAGAACGUACCCUGGAUCGUAGAGCAGCUGGGCAUGGGCGAGCAGCCAUUCAGAAGUCUCCUUGAGGACAACCAGGACGAUGGGUGGGACGGAAAGUUUGAGCGCCGGCGUAGACGCAAGCUGGCAUUCUCGGUGCUGAAGCGCCGUGUUGUCGAGGCGCGAAUCGGCAUUCCACGGGCCCGUGCACCGCCCAGCACCAGCGACUACAAGCGCAGCAACGGGACCAUCGACUACUUUUCGUACUGGGGAAACCUGGCCAAGUACUAUGCGGAUACGCAACUUGCACACAAGAUCGACUACCGCCACGAUACCAGCGACCCAUGCAAGCUCGACCGCUUUUUGCUAACGCUGCAGCGACUAGUCGAGGCUUCUGCACCGUACCAGCGAUUCUUCGUGUGGCUGUAUCAGCUCGCCCGCUGGGACAACCCGAAGCUCUCAGCAUGGUGGUGCAUUGCGUACUUCUUGGUACUGUACUUGGAUCUGCUGGCGAUGGUGCUGUGGAUGUCGCCGGUGUUUGUCAUCGUCUACUACCGUCUCCGUCCGAGCCAGGCGUACCAGUGGCUGGGAUUCGACCGUGUUGAAACCAGCUUCAUUUCGCCAAAGUACAUCAAGGAGGCGUCGGAAGGUACCAUUGGCAAGGGGCUGAUUGCUAACCGCCUCUGGGAUAUAUGGCGCGAAACUCUGGGCACACAUAUCCAGAUGCUGCUGGCUGAUUUGGCGGACUGGAUGGAACGGGCAAAGAACUGCGUGACAUGGAAGCGGCCGUGGGCUACGCGCUCGCUGAUGAUCGUGCUGGUUGUUAUCGCUGGCUGUGCUUACAUGAUCCCCAUCUACGUCUACCAGAAGCUGCUUGGCAUUGCAGUUGGAGUGGAGUUCUUUUUCCUGGCUCCCUUGAUGAUCCGGAACCAGCGCUACCGUCGCAUGCUGCUGCUGCCUGACUGGCUGCUCUGGCACUCACCGACCGAUGUAGAGCUGGCUGUCGAGACACUCUAUUCGGUCAACCCGGGCCGUGGCGCGCAUUCGCACAAGAGCCAAAAGCCUGGUAUGGAGAACCAGAGCCUGUCUGGUGCCGAGCUCCUGCGCAAUGUUGCCAACGACUUUAUCCAUGCGUAUAACCCGCUGGGCCCACGCAACUUCCCACCAGUGAUGAUUCUGCAGACUGCAUCCUCGACGGCCCUGGACCAUCUUGGCGACGACAUUGAGUCAAACACAGAUGCCAGCAUUAUCGCCGACAGCAGGCGGUUUGCUGAGAAGCUGGUUAGCAAAAAGCUCAUUAUCGGCAGCGACAUCUCGGACUUUGAUGACGAGGAGUAUACGGGCAUCAGCGCUGGACAGCGCGGUCAUCUGCCGUCGAUGAUGGAGGCAUCUGAGGAAAUGGAGCUGUUUCAAAAUGGUACCCUUAGAGGCUCACGCCCAGCGGUUCCACGAGCAUUCUCGCUUGCAAGCAUGAGUACCGCCGAUACAGGCAGCACGCUUCCCCAGCCGUUCAUGAUUGCGCGAACCAGCCAUCUAUCGAAUGCCCUCAUGCCGCAGACUGGUGCUGGUAGGACCCCUGACAUACGCGAGAAGAAUUCGUCUGGUGUGUCGGACCAAAAGAUGCAUAGUCGCUUCAGUGGCGGCAUGCUGGUGUCCCGGGCGAAGGAGAUCUCAUCAAAGCUUAUGCGAAAGCCAUUAAGUGUAUCUCAGCUCUCAGGCUCAAGGACAGACCAUGAUGGCACGGCCAUUGCCCACAUGAAGGACGCCCAACAGGAUGGAGCUACGUCCGCAUCGGUCUUGUCGCUUGACGGCCUGCAGCACCGGCUCUCUGAUACAGCCAUCGGCCGCCCGUCAAUCUCGAGCGAGUUCUCAUUGCAGUCGAUAGACAGCGCCGAGCUAGCCCAAGAGCUGGACCAGAUUCUCGAACGGCUCGGCUCUGACGCCUCUGAUCUCUCGCAGGAUGACGGCGAUAGCCACCAGUUCAGCCAUAAGCAAGGCGAAGGGCACUGAGGACGGCAUCGACCUGACAUCGCUCUACGCAUUCCGGUGCGUGCACCGUGGCAAGUACGGCACGAUGUUCGUGACCCACGACCAGUGCAUCUUCCGCCGCUCGCGCAUCCUCGGCGGGCGCAAAGUCGAGCAUGGCUACGUACCCGCUUAGCAGCGUAGUGGCGAUUCGCAAGUCGAACAAGCGAUUCGGCAAGUCCAGCGGCAUCCAGCUGCUGCUG